AUGGGAAUUGGUAAUUUGAGGAAGGCGAAAACACGUCGUGGCAAACGAUUUCUAGAAAAUCGUCAACCAAAAGUUGUUGAGAAUGAUAAAACAGCUGUAAUCGUAAAAGGCGGCAAAACAAAUCAAACUGUUACUGAUGCUUUAGCUGAUCUGUAUGCUUUGAAAAAGCCAUUGGCUAUUCGCAUGAAAAGGCAUAAUCCAAUUCAUCCAUUUGAAAAUGAUGUUGAAUUGGAGAGUUUUGCAAUGAAAUAUGACACAUCGUUAUUUUUGUUUGGUUCAAAUUCUAAAAAACAUCGGAAUAGUUUGGUUAUGGGGCGUAUGUAUGACUAUCAUGUUCUCGACAUGGUCGAGUUGCAGAUUGAAAAUUUUGUUAAAUCUGCAGAUUUUCAUUCAGCCAAAGUAUCUUUUGGUUGUAAACCGUGUAUAGUUCUGCAAGGAACAGAAUUUGAAAAGGAUGAAUCGAUGAAGCGUAUCGGUAAUUUGAUGGUCGAUUGGUUUCGUGGUGCAGUGGUUGAGAAUAUACGCUUGCAAGGAUUGGAACUUGUUAUUUCGCUGACUGCUCUAGAGCAAAAAAUUUAUCUUCGAGUGUACAGGACCUGUUUGAAAAAGUCAACGGGUACAUCGCCAAGGAUAGAACUUGUUGAAAUUGGACCACGAAUUGAUUUUUCGGUACAUCGAAGUAAAUUUGCCAGUGAAAGUCUUUUCCGAGAAGCAAUGAAACAGCCGAAACAAAUCUUGGCUAAAAAACGAAAAAAUAUGUCAACGGAUGUGUUUGGCACUGAGCUUGGGCGUAUUCAUGUCGGGAAACAGAACAUUGAUAGCAUGCAGACAAAGAAAAUGAAGGCUUUAAGAGGAAACAAGAAUAAAGAAGUUGCGAUAAGCAAUUAA